AUGAAAAUAAUAGCAUAAGAAACUCAUAAAAAAGAUCAUUAUUUUACUUAUUUACCAUAAAAAAUCAUUUAAUAGCUUAAAAGAAGAAGAAUAAAUAUCAUAAUAGAAGAACCUAUUAAAAUUAAUAGUUAAAAGGGGUAAGUUUAGGAUGAAAAAUCUCAAUAUCCUAAAGAUGUUGUGGUUUUAAAGAAGAUAAUCUCAUUUAUUUUGAAUGCUUUCUAAAAAUUUUUAAGAGCAAGAGAUGAUCCUAAUUCUAAAAACUUAGAAUAAAAAAUAAUUGAGCUCAAAAGUCUUAAAAAGAAAGCUAAACAACAAGCUAAAUAGGCAUCAGUUAAAUUAGAAAUAAAAGAACUCAAACAAUUAAUGGAAUGGAAAGAAGGAUCUUUAGAUUUCUCAACUUUGUUCAUUAAAUAUUUAAAAAGCAAAGAGUUAAAGGACUAUAUUGAUAAAAAUAAGAAAAUAAAAAGUAUUCCAACUAAAGAUGAUUAUCAUAAAGCUGUCAAAUUAGUCUUUCUUGAACUAUAGAAAAAGGAUAAGUUAUUUGUGAAAUUUAUAUCUAAGAAUUAAAGUUUUUAAGAAAUUGUUUUAAAUGAAUACGAAUAUGAUAGUUUUGAUAGCAAAAGUCAAUUUGAAGAAGAGUAAAAUGAUUAUUCAAAAAAUUUCUUGGUUAGAGACAAUUUGCAAAAAAACUAUCACGGAAUUUUAGGAUAAUGA